AUGCUAGAAAGCAUUAUUUCUCGGGGCGAGGGCAUUCGAGCAGCUGAUGGGCUAUUGAGCGGUAUUCAAAAGGGGAUUUUCCAAGAGGCUCUCCGUGCUGCCGUAGAAUGGUCAUCCGAUGAACAGCAGAACAAAAAGUGGCUAGAGUACCACCGCAAGAGCGUCAAAUACAAUUCUGCCGAGUUCCUCGAUCCGAUUCUAGACUCCUUAGCACCGCUGGACCGACUCUGCGCUGGGCGCUCUUUGAUGCGAAGCCGAGCAAACGAACAAGAUCAAGAGGGCCGCGCAGUGCUGAUAGCGCUUCGCAAAUCCAUUGAUCUUCAACUCCGCAACUCAGAUGGUGGCUAUUGGUAUUUUGUGGACCCUCCGCCCCCAUACAAGCAAUACGGAAACCUAUCCUAUAGCGAUGGCAUGUAUGGCUUUGCCCCAUUCGCCGUCCUCUACGGCCUUAUUUAUGGAGAUCCGCACUUGAACAUUGAUUCUGCUCUCCAACAGCUUGAGAUAAUGUACAAGCGCACGCUCCAAAAGGAUACCGGUCUGAUAGUUCAUGGCUACGACGGCUCUAGGCAGGCACCUUGGGCGAACCCCAAGACAGGCGCCAGUCCGAUCGUUUGGGGCCGUAGCUUGGCGUGGUACACAAUCGGUCUUGUUGAUGCGCUUGCUAUGGCCGAGACAGAUCCCGGGCUAAGGCAAACGAAGGCUUACAGUCGAAUGAGAGAAAUCUAUGAGAACCUGGCAUCAGCAGAGAUUGAAGCCAUAAAGCGUUCAGCUAAGACGACCGGAAGGUACGGUGUCUGGCAGGUUUUCGAUCAACCCGGCAAAGAAGGGAACUUCGUCGAAGCUAGCGCUACUGCAAUGCUCGUCUAUGCUCUUGGGAAGGGAUUAAGGUACGGAUAUGUGAGGUCGGAAAAGAAGAGCGCAUGGGUCUACAUUUUACAACGUCCAAAAAAAGUCCUCAUGGAGGAUGUGAAGGAUUUGUUACACUCAACUUACAACGACCUAUUAGAGAAUUUCGUCAUGGCUGGUGAGAACGGAACACUAGAUUUUGAGGGAACCAGCGUGCUUUCAAGCUUGCAUGUAACGAAUCCUAAUUUCGAUUAUUACGUCAAUCGAGAAGUUAGCAAGAACAGUCUUAUUGGAACCAGCGCUUUUGUUCUAGCGAGUCUAGAGAUAGAGCACUUGGAAGACAAUAAUCUAUGA